AUGCAAUCUUGGGGGUUUCCUCCUAGGUGUUUAGCGAUGGAGAGAAAUUUGCCAUUGAGGGUGAUGCCUUUCUACACGGGUGUGUACAAGGCUGUGGAUGAUCCUUCAUCGGAUUCAAUAAUCUCGUGGAGCAGUAACAACAGAAGCUUCAUCAUCUGGGAUCAUAGAGAGUUUGAAAGGAAGAUUAUCUCGACUUGCGGGGAUUUAGAAGAGUUAUGGGAUCUGCGCACCGCUUAGAAUUUGAACGCAGGGGAUAUUUUGUGAGAGGUCGACCUGAUCUUUUGAAGAUGAUGCAGAACAAGGUUAUAACCACGAGAAGGCUUAAACUUCGGGAAAAGGAAGCCAGAGAAAAGGAGUUGACGGAUGGAUUGCAUCAUUUACGAGUUUGAAUUCGUUCACCAAUCAAUUACGAGUUUGAUAUGUUCACAAUCUAUAUCUAUCGAUUCAUCAUGCUUCUGGUUCCUACUUAUGAGUAAAUAAACGCUCUAUGAGUUCCUUCUUGUUGUUUCAGUUGCUUUCUCUUGUAUCAAACCAAUACUUUAUUAAUUUAGCUUCUUUGUUGGAAUUCGGCGCUGUGUUAUAUGUGUUUUAUCCCAUUGCCAUUCAUAAACCCAUGUUUGAAAGUUGUGAUGAAUAUAUAUGUUGUUCCAUCAACACCAAACCCUACUGUGCUGCAAGUUUCAGUUGUUAUGCCGCAGAUAAGCUUGUCAAGUUUGCACCCAACUUGUUGCUUUUUC